AUGAUUCUAAACUCACCGCCAGUUUCAAUAACGGUAAGAUUCCUAACAGGAUUAUUAGCGAUCAUUUGCGUCCUCUACUUCAUCACAUCGCUGCAUCAGGUGCAGUCGAACCCGGACGCUCGGCGUUUGUACGACGAUCUCUUACGUAAAAGUAAGUAUAAUAGGUUGAUAAGGCCUGCCCUCAAUAACACCAGCUCCCUCCUGAUUCUUAUCAGUUUGAAACUCUCUCAGAUAAUAGACGUUGACGAGAAGAAUGAAAUAAUCACGACUAAUGUUUGGCUCAAUCAGGAAUGGACGGAUUAUAGUUUAGUGUGGGACCCGGUGGAGUAUGGAGGGGUAAAUAUGCUGUACGUUCCCGCUGAAUCCAUUUGGAUACCAGACAUUGUACUAUACAACAAUGCGGACGGCGACUACAUAAUAACGCUGAUGACCAAAGUCACAAUUUCCUUCAACGGCAGCGUCAAAUGGGAGCCACCGGCUAUCUAUAAGAGCCAAUGCGAAAUCGAUGUCCAGUACUUCCCGUUCGACGAACAGAAAUGUAAGAUGAAGUUUGGCUCCUGGACAUACUCCGGAGCCUUGAUUGACGUGAGACACAAAUGGAACAAGGGUGGAGAGUUCGAUAUGAUUGACCCGGCCAUUCAACUCAACGAAUUCUACAAGAGUGUUGAAUGGGACUUGAUGAACGUGACUGCACAGAAAAAAAGUGUCUUCUACCCGUGUUGUGGAACGGAGCCCUACCCAGACGUCACGUUCACAAUUGUCAUACGUCGGAAAACUCUCUACCUCAUCAUCAACCUCAUAAUCCCUUGCGUCUCCAUCAACAUGCUGACGUUUUUGGCUUUCUAUCUUCCAUGUGAUUGCGGCGAAAAAGUCAGCGUCUGUAUAUCUAUCAUGCUGUCCCUUAGUAUUUUCCAGCUGCUGUUGAUGGAUCUGGUGCCAGGAACCUCCAUUGUCAUUCCAAUGAUCGGAAAGUAUCUACUGCUGACGUGCAUUCUCGUUUCCCUCUCUGCUAUACUUUCGGUCAUCGUUUUAAACUUAAACCACAGAUCCCUGGGAAAUAUCACCAUCCCGAAAUGGGUGAAAAAAAUUUUCAUAGACGGCCUGCCAAGAUUUUUUUUUAUACGAAGACCGCCGGAGAAACCAUUUGAUCUUGAGACCAACAUUGAUUUCUCGUCUGCUCACAGUGAACUGGUCCCAUUCGGAAACCCUUACAGAAUGGAGAGCAAGACAUCUUACGCUAAUUUGGAUAAUUUAAGAGAUCUCUACGGCACCAAAGACGAUCAGACAAAGACUGCCAACCAAAGUACCAUCUGUGAAGCAUGCGCCAGGUGGAAGAUGCAAAAGUUUCCGCCCAAUGUUCACAAGGCUAUCGAAGGUCUGGCUUUUGUGGCCAACCAUGUUAAAUCGGCAGACACCAGCAGACGAGUGAAAGACGAUUGGAAGUACGUGAGCAGAGUUUUUGAUCGCAUCGUCCUUUUCCUCUACCUCUUGAUAUGUUUCGUUGGAGGCAUUUCAAUUCUUAUGAAUGCGCCUACUUUGUACGACGGCAGAGAGGCCAUGCCCGAUGGAAUUUAAUUCACGUACAGACUUUUAACACAAAAACUCAAUUUUAAUAUUUCAUUUUUAGUUAACAAUUAAUUUGUUUAGAGGAGCGCUAAGCUAUACUUAGAAAUAAAACGUCAACGACAAAUGUA